AGUUAACUGAGAGCAGAAACACUUUCCGCAGAUUUUGUAGUGUCGAAAUCAUUGAAAUGCUGGUUUAAAACUUGCUUUUCGCUGAUUUUGUUAGUAAGAUAUAGCUGUAAAACGCUAUGGCUUUUAAAAUUGAUAUCCAUAAUCAUAUUUUACCGGAAAGGUGGCCAGAUCUAAAGGAGGUAAGAGCGAAGUAAGAUGAACUACUGACCCCAAUGUUGGCUUCAUGCAUGCCUUGUUUACGUGUGUCCGAACAAAAAGAUUAUUUUAAACGGUCAGUGGCCGUAUUUGUACUAGAAGACGUCUUAGACGUUCAGACGCAUUAAACGUCUGACUGUUAAGUGCGUCCCGUUUUUAUACUAGACGUGUUAAACGUCUGAGACGACUAAUUCAUCUGUUAAGUGCGUCGAUCGGACGUACUUUAAGUUAAUAACUUAAGACGUUUUAUUCGUCACACGUUUAAUUUCCGUAUUUAUACUAGACGUCUCAGUCGUCUAAGACGUCUUAGACGUCCUCUAGUAUAAAUAUGGCUAAUUAACAUCUAGUUUCUUACAUCGUAAGUAAUUGUCAACGAGCAAGCCGAGCGGAGACGGUCGGCUUGCGACGCGAAGUAUUGCAGCCGGCAGAAAAAUUAUUGAUCGUGCUGUAAAAAGUGUAAUGUAAGUGUAAUGUAAGGUGUAGAUUCCCUGGAUAUUUUAGUAGCGGAUUUCACGUGUAGUUUCACGUGACUUUUGAUGACCUUUGUUGUAAACAAACCUACUGUACUUGUACGAACUACAACUCGCUAUUUCAAGUUCGCGCCCCGGGAGGGGGGCACUUGGGUAUUUUUUGCGUGGGUAUGUGCCACCCGGGACUCCAAAUUGGCACCCCGUUCUAAAAAAAACGUCCCCUAAAAUUGAUACCCCGUUCUAGAAAUGGGCCAAUUUUUUAUACCCCAUUCUAGAAUUCGCCCUAAAACUGAUACCCCAUUCUAGAAAGUUUGUAAAUUGACAUGACAUACCAGUAGCCCUGUUUUUUGCAAAGAUAUUUCUUUAUUUGUUCAACUUAUACAUCAAAUAAAUGCUUCUUCAUAAUCAGCGACAAUUUUAAGCAGAAGAUAAAACCAUGAUCCAUAAUCUUUUAUACCUCGUUAUAGAAAACGCCUCUGAAAUGGAUACCCCGUUCUAAAUCAGGAGCUUCAAAAUCACGACCCCGUUGGGCGGCACAUACCCGUACAGGUAAAUGUAUGGGAGUACCCCCCUCCCCCCCGGGGUUCGGGCUAACCUAUAAAUGUUAUUUCCCUUUCGCUGUUUGAAACUCGACAAGUUUAAGGUUCAAAAAUGUCUAAUUUGCAGAAGAAUAAGAGCGAUUUUAAGGCCAAGAGCAUGGCAGAAAUGUAGGAACGAGGAGUGCUUGUAGUGGAAAUUCUCGCCUCAGCAGCUGAAAUGGUUUUAUAAACAUUGGAACUAAAAUUGGUGAUGUAGGCAAAUUCUUUUUCUUUCGUUGGCACUUAGCGAAAGCUAUGUACAACUAGUAUUAUAUAGUCCUUUCUCUGUAAUUGCACCUGCUAAUUUUCUCUUCUACCAGCCGGUGUUCUAUAAUUUUAUUAUUUAGCAGUUGUAUAACUUUUUGAAAAACUUUUUAAAAGAAAAAAUAAAUUUCUAGAAGUUGUUUUUAAGCUGGUUACAAUAUUGCAGUGAAAGGUACCCAAAAUUCAUUUCAUAGAAAGAAGGUGGAAUAUGAUCAUCUGGGAGAGACCGAUGACAUGUUGGAGUCCUCUUAGUCGUAAUGCAUCAGUCAAUUCCACCUGCCCAUGCCCCCAACUAGAAUCAUCCAUGUUCAGUUGUGUUUGGAUAGAAAACCACAUGCAUGUCAAAAGCUUGGGGGUUGCUGCGGGGUUGGCAAAUGCCCAACUCCCCGGGCCGCGCUAAAGUUGCUAAUGCCCCACCCCUGGGACUGACAAGACGAGCAAAAUACCCCCGCAGUGGCGCAUUCACCCUGAUAAGGGAGGGGGGAUGGGCGUACAUGUAACGGGAAUUGACUGAUGCAUAACUGACAGACAGCCAAUAAAAUGGCGACUUAAUAGACCAACCAGAGUUCAAUGCCAUCAAUUGGCACAAAACAACUCACUUUGACUCUGAAGAUGACUACUCCACUGCUUGUCGAAAUGUUAGUCACUGUCGACAACAGUGCUCUUCAGGAAUACACUCACCUUGAUGAUCAUUUUUAUUAUUCCACCUCAUUAUUUACAAUGCUAUUUGCUUGUUUGUUGGUUGACACACUUAGUGCCCACAGCCAUAAAAUACUUGAUGUACUCACACUUAUUUCCCUGUAAAGCACAGAGAGAAUUCCUGUCAAUUUUGAGGGUUUUUUAAUACAUCCAGUCUAUUCAGCAGUAUGUCCUUCUUACCAGUGUUUUGUAGUGAUGUUCAUCACGACAGAGCAAGAGAAAAUUUGCUUAUCCACUUGUCCUUCGGACAAGCACUACAUUAAAUGUAGGUGUCCGAAACCCAAGUGUUCUCGUCCAAACAGUUUUGCUUGAAACUGGAAACUUAAAAAACAAUUGGGCAUUUAAUGUUUUUAAUCAACCACAUUUUUAGCUUUGUAAAUUGUUUUUGACGUAAAGCUUAAUAUAAUAUCAGGCACAAUUUCAAUUUUGAGCCUGGGAAUUAGCUAUGUCAUAACAGGCCUGGUUACUGUGGCCAGGUUCCUAUGGAGCUCAUAAAAGCAAAUGAAAUGGCCGCAGAAUGGCGAAGUUAUAAGGAAUACUUAACCUUAUUUUGUCAAGUAUGAGGCUUGCUUUUAUGAGUAUAAGAUGUAUUUUAGUUCUACUGUAAUUUGAUGUUUCUGUAUUUUUUCUGAUUAAAAAUGUACAAAGUUUGUCUUACAGACAAGUAAUGUCAAAGGUUUACAUGUCUGAAGUAAAUUUCUACCUGUCGCGGACAAUCAGACAUAGAUUUUGGCUCACCCUGUCACAAAAUAAUGGAAAUGAUAGCAAAGCCAGAAAAUUGUGCUUGACAGUUUCAGUUUACAUGUAAAUAAUAAUAGUGACAAGUGCCUUCAUGUGCAUAUAAUGCUAAAAGGAGUUUUUUUAUUUGCAGCGAUAUGGUUAUGGAGGUUGGAUACAACUUCAUCAUCACUGUAAAGUAAGCAUUUAAACUUAAAAGUUUAAAAUAAUGGCUUGGUGCACGCUACUGGUGUACACAAGUGUAGCACAGUGCCUAUGCAUGAUUCACGCUCAAGAAAAGGCACGAUUUUUGUGCCAGAGCAUGGGAAAAAAUAAACAUACAAAGGCAUGCAGUUUAGGCACUGUUAACGCAUGUUUUAAAUAUUUUUAAGGCACAUUUUAGAUACAGUUUGAGCAUAUUUUAGGCACUGUCAAAGGACUGUUGGGCAAAAAGCAUAAAUCUAGCCACAAUUACUGGGAGGAAAUGACUCAGACAUUUGCUGUUUUUAAACCAUUUGCCUCAUAAGUGGGUUUUUUGUAGAUAUUUUUACAAUCUGGUUAUCUUUCUUUGUAUUUUAGGGCAAAGUUAAGAUGAUGAAAGAUGGAAAGCUUUUUCGUGAAAUAGAUGAGAACUGCUGGUCUCCGGAAGCACGAAUCAAAGACAUGGACGCAACAGGUCUGUGUAUCUUAUGGUAAAAUGUUAUUCCUACUGGUUUAACUUUUACUUCCCUUUGUUUUAUGCUCAAAUAUGUGAAUACAAUUCAUAGAAACCAGGGAUAACAUUAAUUUUGAGCCAUAAUGUGUGUUCAUAAUGUGAGUGUGGUAACAUUAUUUUUCAUUGAUGUUGCGAAAAGCUGGCUUUUAGCUACACUGUAAUUUCACCGGCUGAAAAAGAGCUUAGCACCAGCUUGCAAAACAACGACAUUUAGUAACUCUAAAGGUUCUGUUGAGUUAAAAAGCUGGCUUAACUAAUAAAAAAGCUUGCUCAGCUUUUUCUUAGCUUCAACCGUGAAUGUUAUUACAAUGCAUCUGUUAAAAUGCUAUGGUGUGAUUGUGCGCAAUUAAUUGUUUUCUAACACAUGCAUAAACAUUUAGUGGUGACAGUAAUGCUCAAAGACAGGUUAAGGGAACUUGUGUGCAAGUAAGUUAGCACCAUUUCCAUGUGUUUGUGCAUUAUUUUAUCAUUGGUCAUUAGGCAAUUUGACCAUAAUCCAUUCUCACCUUUCAAAAUUGUAUCUAGUGACAGCUUGCAAAGUGGAGCACAUGUAUAAUUAUGUACAUGCAACACAUGUACACGGAGAAGAGUCCCCAACACUUCACAAUUCGUCAUUACCCAGGCACUUUGUGUUUGAUUGUACCUCAGCAUUAAUGUGACUGCAGCCUUAUUUAGAUUGAUUACUGACUAGGGAGUUUAAAAUCUUUCCACUUUCAGGUGUUACUGUUCAAGUGGUCUCUACUGUUCCAGUGAUGUUUAGCUACUGGGUAUGCAUGUGGAAAGAGCUUUGUUUUGAAAUUUGCCACGCAAUACAUGUAGAUCUAUAGAUAGAUGGAAUAAUGGACAUGAUUCCUACAAGGAAUCGAUCGAUCUAUAUCAAAAGCUUCAUCUUUUUACGGCAACAGAGUUAAAUUUGAGAUAGGGAGUAUAAAUUAUAGAUAUUGCUCGUGGUUUGUGGAUGAAAACGAACUUAAAACUGAGAAUUAACAUAGCCAGCGAAUUCGGCAUGUUAGCGAACUCGAACAGAUAGCUUUUCUAUGUUUAUACUUGUCAAAGGUUGCCCAUCACGUUACCCGUCUUCCAUAUCCGUUUUGACAGAAAAAUAAUUCCAAGGGAUGCCAUAAUACGGAUGACCAAGCUGUUCAAAUGGCCUGUUGUCUUUAACGAAUGGGUGAUGAAGUCGUCCGAACAUUAAUUUUGAAUCCAUUCUUGGCUAUACUAGUCUUAACCUAUGGAGGAUCAAAUUAUGCUUUGCAUUUCUUGUACAUUCAUGUUUUGAUUGAAAUAAUUAGACAUUGUUAAUGUCCCUCUGAUGUAAUAUAUGGUGCAAGAUUGAUAAGGGCCUUAAAAAAAUACCUUUACUCUGUAAGUACAGUAUUCCAUUCUUGAGCCUGGUUCUCAUAUGCCACCGAUGCAUCUGCGAUAUAGUCGCAGGUACUUCCUGGGAUACUGCUCCAAUAUGAAAACAGAAGUGGCCAGCAACAUUGGUCAUCCUAGCCUUUACUGCCGGCAUGCCUGCUUCGUUCACUCCAGUUCAACUUCGCAAGCAUUCCAGCGGUAAAAUACUGCUAUGGCUCCAUUUGCCAGUGGCGCAUGUUUUCAUUCGUGCUCGGAAGUAGCCCACGGCCAGGCGGUACUGGAGGCAUAUAUACGUCAGCGGCAUAUGAGAACCAGGCUUUACAGUGUCUUAGUUUUUAGGGCUCUCACCAAUGUUGAUAUUCAAGGCUGUAAAAGUCUCAUAAAUGCAUCAUUUUGUUUCAUGUUAUCAAGGCUAAGCCUGAAGAUACACUGGAUUUGUGCUGUAUACUGAAUGAUGAUCUUGCUAAAAUUGUGAAGAAGUAUCCUAAGAGAUUUGUUGGACUUGGAACACUUCCGAUGCAGGUUUGAUUUGGAAUUGAGUUACCAGUUGCCAUGCGUUAUCUAAAUCAUUACAGUCAUUCAUUGAUUGACACCCACUCUGUAAAAGUGCUCCUCGCUUCCUUAAGUUGUUAAUUUGUGUGCGCACGUGCAUGUAAGAAUCUGGUUUAAAAAGAUCAAAAAGCUUGUUAUGUUGUUCCAAAUGCCCAAAGAAACAGGAAGUGAUUUUUUUCUGUUUGUUUUAUUAUUAUUAUUAUUUAAAUUAUUAUUUUUAGUUUUAAUAAAGUAAUCCCAUUAGCUUACUUUUAAAUAUAUAUAUGUUGUAGUUAUUUUUUUAUUUCAAUUAAUUUUUGUUUUUCCAUUGUUUUGGGGUAUGGUAAUGUAUGCUAAUGAAUUUAAAACAAAGGAAAAACAAAAAUUAACUGAAAUUAAAAAUUAACUGCAACAUAUACUUAAAACUUGUUUGAAGUCUGGACAACUUACAUCAUGCUGUAUAAUAAUAAUAAUAUUAUAAUAAUAACAAAAUAACAAAAUAAAAAUAUAUAAUUAUUAUAUAUUAAUUUUUUAUUUUGUAAGCAGUCAAUAGUGGGAAAUAUAAUUAAUUUUAAUCUUGUUUUACAGGCACCAGAACUUGCAGUUCAAGAACUGACGAGAUGUGUAAAGGUGAUUGUUAUUUAGAACUUAUGAAGGCUGAGCCCUGAGGAAAAUUUAUAGGCAGCCCAGAAGCUAUGAUCAUUGUUGAAAUCCAGGCUGCCAGCACUGAGUUUGUGGGAAAUCUAGAGGCUGCUGGGUUACCCAGAUUGCUAGAGACUUUUCAUGUGUGGCUGACAUGCAGCUUUAUCACUUGUUCGACCUUUAGCCAAAAAUGUGUCAACCUGGCCAACACUUUAGCAUCCUGCUGCAUGCAUUAGAAAAAAUCCUCUGGCAGUGCACCCAGGGUAGGUUGGACUAGUCCAGCCUAAACGCAAUCAUUGUGAAUCGAGACUGUUCUGCCAGAUCGGUCUAUUCCAAAGUAAACUGUACAUUUGGGCAGGGCAGGGAUUGUUUUUUUUUUUGAAAAAACGUUGAAACAAACCGACUUGUGUUUCACUAUCAAUAUGACCACAAUUCAGCUGGCCAGUUUUGGCAUUUGGUAAUUAAUUGCCUUAUAUAGCAGAGGAAAGAAAUGCAAGUUAAAGUGGUUUGGGCAUGUGUCAAGAUCAUCAGGGCUUGCCAAGACAAUUUUACAAGGAACAGUGCAAGGAGGGAGAAGAAGGGGCCGACCAAAGAAGCGUUGGGAGAAUAAUCUCUGAGUGGACAGGGUUGAAGUUUUGCAAUGCCAUAAGAGAAGCUGAAAACAAAAUCAGAUGGAGGGAGAGGUUUGCUAUGUCCGUGGCAUGUCAACGUUCAAUGACUACAGGAUAGGUGCAGGUGCAGGUGCAGAUAGCAUAAUGCUCUGUCUCGACACCAGAAGUUAAAAUUUAGUUAAUUGCCAGGGGCAACUGGGUACUGCCAGAGUUCAGCUUUACUCAAUGUAUACUACAAUGUUUUCUCUAGCAUAGUUUUGAUUUUCGAAGUAUCAGGUUACUUUUGAUAAAUUUAUUUUUGAUAUUAAUAAUAUUAAUUGUUGAUUAUUAUUAAUAAUAAUUAUUAUUGAUAACAAUUAUUACAUUUAUGUUAUUAAUAUUGUUUUAAUUUCUCUAAUAAAAUUAUGACAGGAACUUGGUUUCCCAGGUGUUGAAAUUGGUAGCCAUAUUAACAACUGGAAUCUUGAUGCUCCAGAACUAGAUCCUGUGUUUGCUGUAAGUAAUUUUUAUUAUCAGUGCAUUCUGUCUCAUGAAAAUGUUAGUAAUGUCUGCAUUUAGUGUCAGAGCUACCAUAUACCUUCAUAUACAUCAUACAUGUAUGGUCUUAUUUCACUUGCUCAUGUGUACUGCGUAGACUAGCACAUGUAGGUCUAAACAAGGCCCAAGGAGAUGACAUGAGAGUCCAUGGCAGUGUGCCACAUCUGUAUAUCAUUAUGUAGCAGGUUAAUUUCCUUUAAUUUCAUGUACAUUGGCUCACACUUUCCUCAAAGAAAAGUGAGAAUAAUCUCGGUUUAAAAACUUUAACUUGAAAUCAAAUGUGACCUGUAACAUAACCUGCACUCAGCCCACCUAUUCUCCCCAACAUCCUGAGUAUGCUUCUACAUUGCAUUUUUCAUCCAAAAAUUGACCAAUUUAUUAUAUAAACAAAGAUGUUGUCUAUUACAUGUAGGCUGCUGAGGAAUUAGGCUGUGCUAUCUUUGUUCACCCAUGGGAUAUGGAGUUAGGAGGAAGAAUGGCCAAGUACUGGUUGCCUUGGCUUGUUGGUAAGUAAAUGUAUUGUACCAGAAGCUUAUAACCCUGAAGCAUAUAACUCUGUCGCAAUGCUGGAGUGUUUUUAGGGAACCAUUCAAAAUUUACUUCCUAAUGUACAUCUUGAAGUGAAUGGCUUGUGCAGUGGAAGAUUUUGUCUGAAUGAAACCCAAUUUUAUGGAAUCUUCAACACAAGUUAAAACUUUGAAAGGUUUGAACCCAGGAGUUAUUUCAAAUCCUUUCUGAUACCCGUAAAACGAGUCACUGAUGGAGAGAAGGGGGUAAAAUAAGCACACCGCCGGCAUCAGUUUUGUCAUUCUAUUGAGCGCUAUUACCGACGUAAAGGGCCGUUACCUUGACCUUUGACCUCUCCCCAGCCUUAAAUUUUACGUAUAAUAUUUGAAAUGAUGUAUAUUAUGCAUGUUAGUAUCAGGGUUUCAGGGGUAAACUUGACCUUGUCGCUUUUGCAGGAAUGCCUGCUGAAACUGCACAGGCGAUCUGUUGCAUGAUCUUUGGUGGUGUUCUGGAACGAUAUCCAAGACUCAAAGUGUGUUUUGCUCAUGGAGGUAUAGAUUAAUUUUAUCAAGUACACCAAAGUUUACAUGAAGGUAAGGGAACCCAGACAGGUGAGGUAACAUGUGGCGGGUCACCCCACCUAUCAUGUAAACAUGAUUAAAUUAAAGUGAGAGAUUAUAUGGACAGGCGGGUUACCUCACCUAAGCGGGUUAUUUUGCCUACCUGGGGUCCCUCACCUCCUGCGGAGAAUGCGAACGAGACACCUUUGUUUUUUUCGCGGCUAAGCCGCGAGAAUGGCGACUUCGCGCGCCAAAACUUGCACGCACGCAAAAACAAUAGACGUUUUAGCUUGUUUGUUUUGUUUUCCCAUUUCAGACAACAUAAUUGUGCCCCAGAGAACUUUUUCUUUCAAAUGUUGUCUUAUGCACGUGAAUCCACGUGCAUAUGUAUGCAUAAUUACUGAAAUUCUUUUUACUGAAAUAUUUCUUUUUUCCUUUCUUUUCUUUAAAUUUGUGUCUCUCUUCCCCCGCCUAUACGGGGGUGGACGCUAUCGUGAAAUUGUAAACUGAGAUUGAAUAAAUAAAGUUGAAGUUGAAUUCCUUGGAGAACAUCACGUGGUCUGAAUUACGAAAACAAAACAUACAAGCUAAAAAGGUCUAUUCCGCCAGCUACGCAGGCAAAACUCUAGUGGGACACUUAAAGAAUAUCUUCUAUACAAAGUUAGUUUUUUUUCCCUUCAAAUAUAUAUAUCAAUUUUUUCUUUCUUUUUUUAAUGUUUUCUUGCAGGAGGAGCAUUUCCAUUCACUAUCGGUCGUAUUGAACAUGGCUUUAAUGUCAGACCUGAUCUCUGUGCUGUUGAGAAUCCAAUAAAUCCAAGGUCAGUUCACUUGUAGUAUACUCCUACAUCUUAACUUUCCAUCCUUCGUUAAUCAGUGACUUAUGGCCGGACUUGAACACUCGCCAAGUGAUUGCAAGACAUGGGAAUAGUCAGGCAUGAUAUUUAUUCUUUGUUGUCUCCGUUCAUGUUUUAGCUAAUUUGUUGUCGUAGUGAAUAUAAAACCUUUAUUGUAACUCGACCAAUCACGCCUCCCUUUGGAGAAUAAGGCGCAGAAAAGCUAUACUACACUAUAAUGUACUACACUACACUAAACUACACUAAUUCUGCUUAGGAACAUCGAGAACAUCAUUCUUCACGUUUUGUUGCAAAAUAAAAUAACUAUUUAAUAAUCGUCCAGCCUCGAAAAAGCGCCCACUUUCAAGGUCCAAAAAUAUAAUAAGGGGCGCUUAAUCAAGUAAAUACGGUAUGUCCUCAAAUCCUUGUUUGUCUUGUUUCGACUUCUUUUCUGUCUUCACCAUUCUUUCGUCACUAUCUUUGACCAUCUGUAAGGUGGAUACCUCUUUUAAGAAGAACACCUCUCUACCAUUCUUCAACCAUUUUCUCUGACUCUUCACAUGGUGGUUAUCCUCCAAAAAGGACACCUAGAGUUGGUCCCUUUUGUUCCCCAGUUAUUUUCUUUGACUGUCUAUAAGGUGGCUAUUUUUUUAAGAAGGACUCGUGGAGUUGUUCAGCCAUUUUUAGUGGCUCUCUGUUACCGGUCGUUUCGAUAGAAGUGGUUACUAUACGAGUUUAUUCAGUCAAGUUGUAAUAAGUUUAACGUACUUGGCUUAGAGAACGAAGAACAUUCACCCAAUCUGUUUUUCUUGUUCGCGCGCAAACUAUGCUUAAAGUGAUCAAAAUUGUUGUGCAGUUUCACUACUUGAGUUCGUUUCGAAACGACUUGUGUCGAAAUGACUUUGUAUCGAAACGACCGGUUACCCGCUCUUGAACGUAGACACCUAUCUAAGACGGUGACUGGUCAUUUCGCCUACGAGUCGUUUCGCUAACGUCUCUGUCGCAAACGUCUUCAGUCGUCUCGCUUAAGGAAGUAAACGAGCACUUCAAAUGCAUAUACCUCGUUCUUUCAGCCAUUACACGAAAAAGUGUGAAACACAUGUACAGAUUGUUCCUUUAGCCGCUGAUCAGGCGAGAGCAGUUAGGAAACUGAACUAACACGUUUGCGAAACGACUUAAGACGUUGGCGAACACGACGUUUUCGAAACGACUCAUGACGAACUUUUUAAGAGCCGAACCUAAUACAUUGAAUAAUAUACAUGAAAAUUCGGCGUCAUGAAUCAAUUAGGAACGCCUGUUUCAAUUUGGAACGGCUAAGCCGUUCUUUUCUCCUACCCCGGCCGGGAAUUUCGCCUUUGGUCGCGACUUUGGAACGGCUUUGAUUCAGACGCAUAAAUUAUUAUAACGUAUUUUGUAAGCAGUUUGUCCGAAAUGAGCCUUUCUCGCCUUUUGAACUUAGUUCAGCUGAAAUUAAGAUCGGCGUCUGAAUCAGAUCAGCUGGUCUAAAUAAUUUGGGUCGACCUUAAUUCGAGUUAGGUUCGGCUCAUGAAAAGUUCGGCGUCUGAACCGGGCCUAAGACAACAGUGUCUGUGUGAGUUAACUGUAUUGUAGCAGUCUUAAAUUGAUUUUGUUAGAUGUAUUCUUUGUAAUCUCACAAUACUUGCUAGACUCUAAACAGAACCUUGAAUGUAUCAUUCGUUAUAAUAUUGUAUGUUUCAGAAAGUACAUUGGUCAAAUUUAUACAGAUAGUCUUGUCCAUGAUGAAAAAGCUCUUAAAUUACUGGUUGACACUAUUGGUCAGGUAAAGAGUUCAGUGACUUUUUGGUUAUGAUCUAUUUAAUACACUGUGAAAUUUAUGCAAGCAAAAAUUAACAAGACGUGUACUUAGAAUAGGUUAUGUCACGCUAUUUGCUAUCGUUUGUCUUUCCAUCAAUUGAAUUCUAAAAAUGACGGGCUAGAUUUGUUAUUUCAGACCAUAUUUUAUAGGCGUGGAAACCGUUUCCUGUCGUCUGUUUCUAAGAACGGCAAGGAUGUUUGUGAAUUAAAACUUAGUUUUGAUGUAGCCUGCGUACCAAACCAAGCGUUUCCGUAGCAAGCGUUUCGUUUCCACCCCGACAGUGAUUUUGUUUUUCUUUUGCGUAGGUUUUUACUAACAAGGUGAAGUUUUAGUAAGCCAUGAUGAGAUUGUGACUUGUUGUGUUGAUCAAGAACGAGCUGACGUGUACAAGUCUGAGUCCCCAUUAAAGUUGUGUUUUCAACAAUCUUCGUUUGUGUGCGAAGCGCACUUGUCCCCUGGACAGACAUAACAUUGAAAAAAAAUAAUAAUAAUAAACCUUCAAGCUCUUAAUUUUCUCAUUGCAGCAAGCGUGGGCUCAUUAUCCUGCAUGUGUAUUUUUAUUAGUAUUAUUUUUUUGUAGGAGAAUGUUAUUUUAGGCAGUGACUACCCGUUUCCUCUCGGAGAACAUCAUCCAGGAAAACUCAUCGAGGAUGUGUACAAAGACGACCUGGAACUUAGAGUAAGAAAACAAUCACAUUCAGUUUCACGGUUUUUUUGGGGGGGGCCAUUGAAGAUAUGUCCAGGAUCGAUCUUGUUAGCAAAAAUUUGCUAGCAAUUUUUCUUCGCAAUUGUCGCAAAAGAAAUGACUGAGAAAAAAUUAUGUGAGAAAAUCACUUACAAAUAUCGCAAAAUCGCAAAAAUAACAAGUCUAACAAGAAUCAAGACUUGGAAACAAAAGAAGCCAAGAAGAACCCCGAAAUGUCCGCAAAAAUCGCAAAAGUAACAAGGAUAUUUUUCGCUCGCUGAAAACGCUCGGCUUCUUUUCUUUCUAAGUCUGGAAUUUUGUUAAAUUUGUUAUUUUUGCGAUAUUUGCGACAUUUAUCAUGCGUGUUUUUAGCUAGCAUGAAAAAUCCUUGUUACUUUUGCGAUUUUUGCGAUAUUCGCGGACAUUUCGGGGCCCUUCUUGGCUUCUUCUCUUUCUAAGUCUUGAUUCUUGUUAGAUUUGUUAUUUUUGCUAUUUCUGCUACAUUUGUUACUCAAUCUUUUCACUUAGCAAGGAAAAUUCCCGUUACUUUUGCGAUUUUUGAGAAAUUUGCAGACUUCACGAAGCCCUUCUUGGACUUUUCUCUUUGUAAAAGUAGGAUUUUGAAAAAUUUGUUAUUCGUGCUAUUUUUGCCAUAUUUGUUACUCAAUCUUUUCACAUAGCAAGAAAAAUUCUUCUUACUUUUGCGACAUUUGCUAUUUCUUCUAUACCUUUCUGAUAGCAGUUUUCUUUAUCUUUUUUGCUAAAAUUGUGAAAACAAUUUGCUAGCAAAUUUUUGCUAACAAGAUCGAUCCUGGACAUAAGUGUGGUAACGUGACGUCACACUUCUCCUCUCUAUAAACAUUGGUAUCGCUUGAUUACAAUGGAACCUCGAUGACGUUCGCUAAAACGUUGUUUUGUUAUAUCGAGGUUCUUUUCCAUACAUUAUACUGUAACUGGGGCAGAAAAUGGUUUCGUUAUAUCGAGGUUCCACUGUACCAAAGAGAAAUAAAAAUAGGCCUCACCCCUCUCCCCAGGUUUUGACUUUUGUCCCAAUUCCCCCCCUCCCCCGCCAAUUCUCUUUUGAAGAGGUUUAGUCCUACCCUACUUUAGUAGAUUGUUCUACAUGUACUUGGCAAUUCAACAGUUGAUCAACAAAUAUUAGUGAAGAUCGAACAAAAUGGUUCUCAAUUAAUUCCCUGUUUUUUUUUGGAAAAUAGGUGGAGUAAUUGCUAGGGGGGUGUAUUUGCCCAUCAUCAAAUCUCCCGUUCAUCAUUCGAUUCACAGUCCCCUAACUUUCCGUAAGGUCGUCGGGCGUUUACGGGCGGCAAUCUUGGAUAGGUAAAGCCCCACGCCCGCUCCCUCGGUUCAUGUUUACUAGAUAACCGUCCGUUCCGGCAAGCUAUCGCUCUAUCCUGUCGAUCUUACGAAGAAAUAGGGGACUGUAAAUAGUCUAACUUCAGAUGAAAACCUUUUAAUUCAAAAUCCAUCUGUUGUUGUAGGAUAAAUUGUUAGGCGGAAAUGCUCUAAGAUUUCUUGGAUUGAAAAGGUCACAGUUUGACGAAGACCCUGUGGAUAAAGCGGAUACAGUAGAAAGCUAAUAGUGCAGCGGACUGAAUAAUUAAAUGUUUUUCUGUUAGUUAUAGAAUGAAGUAACUUUUAAAAGUAAACAGACUAUUAUGUCUAUAAAUGCAUUUAGACGGAGGUUAUUUAUAAUGUCCUCUGUUUUUCGGCAUCUUGGUGUCUUCCUUUUUUAAAAGAGCCUUACCGAAGGAAACAAGUCUAAACUGUGUUAAUUAUUGAAACAAGUUCUUAUUUAUUCGUAACUAUUCUUGUACUUUAUUUUAAUGACUAUGAUAUACUUGUGAAUACGUUAUUUAAAGCGGUUAAGGAUGGGUUUACAGUAAAAGUACAGUUAAAAAAUACUGAUUUAUAUUCAAGUGCAGAACGCAGUUGAUGUUAAGCGCAUUGUUACUCGAUUAGCCCUCUUUCAGUGAAGGUCAGUCUCGAUCCUCAAACGGGAGUCAUAAAGCCAUUAACUACAGUGGAACCCUGUUAAUGUUACCACCGUUGGGCCAUAAAAUCCUAGUCGUAAAAAUGAGGUGGUCGCAUUAACGGGUGAUUUUCGAAAAAAAUAAAAAUUAAAAUAAGCCUGAUUUCUAUGUUUGAAUCGAGAGAAUAUGGUCGUAAUAACGAGGUGGUCGUAUGGCGGGGCUCCACUAUGUUGCUAUUAAAAUUAAUAAACAGGCGAGCCUGUACCCUAAAAUAAUUCAUGCCAGACCGUACGAAGUGGGUUUGAGUUUUGUAAAAAGAGAAACUAAAACUCGUCUUUGGGCGUUCGCAUUGCACAACUUAGUUGAGUAG